AGUUCCACACUCCCGGCGGACCUCUCUCUCGCGAGCGAGCGACCUUCCAAGAUUCUCUUUGCCUUUCUACAGUGUUUCUGAUAAGCAGGAGCUAGUUACCGAGAGAAAUUAAGAGAGGAAGACAGUUGCAGUUUGGAUCUGUUUGUUUCCCGAGUCUUCGUGUGAGUUAACGAAGCGAAAGAGAAGGAAGAAAAAUGGCUUCGGAGAACAAAAAUGUUGGGAUUCUUGCCAUGGAAAUCUACUUUCCUCCCGCUUGCAUCCAGCAGGAAACUUUGGAGGCUCAUGAUGGAGUAAGUAAAGGGAAAUACACCAUUGGACUAGGACAAGACUGCAUGGCAUUUUGUACAGAAGUGGAAGAUGUGAUCUCUAUGAGUCUGACAGCUGUUACUUCACUUCUUGAGAAGUAUGGGAUUGACCUGAAACAAAUUGGUCGGCUUGAAGUGGGCAGUGAGACUGUUAUAGACAAGAGCAAAUCCAUUAAGACAUUCCUCAUGCAAAUUUUUGAGGGAUGUGGAAAUACUGAUAUUGAAGGUGUUGACUCAACCAAUGCAUGCUAUGGGGGAACUGCAGCAUUGUUCAACUGUGUCAACUGGGUGGAGAGUAGUUCAUGGGAUGGACGCUAUGGGCUUGUUGUAUGCACAGACAGUGCGGUCUAUGCUGAGGGACCUGCUCGGCCAACUGGAGGAGCUGCAGCUAUUGCUAUGUUAAUAGGGCCAGAUGCUCCUAUUGCAUUUGAAAGCAAAUUCAGGGGAAGUCAUAUGUCACAUGCUUAUGAUUUUUACAAGCCCAACCUUGCUAGUGAAUAUCCGGUUGUUGACGGCAAGCUUUCACAAACUUGUUAUCUCAUGGCACUCGAUUCUUGCUACAAGCGUUUUUGUCACAAAUAUGAGAAAUUGGAGGGCAAACAAUUUUCAAUGGCUGAUGCUGACUACUUUGUCUUUCAUUCUCCAUAUAACAAGCUUGUACAAAAGAGCUUUGCCCGUUUGUUGUUCAACGAUUUCUUGAGGAAUGCCAGCUCUAUUGAUGAGGUAGCUAAAGAAAAGCUGGGACCUUUUUCAUCAUUAACUGGUGAUGAAAGCUAUCAAAACCGUGAUCUUGAAAAGGCAUCGCAGCAAGUUGCGAAGCCGUUUUAUGAUGCAAAGGUGCAACCAACCACUUUGAUACCCAAGCAAGUUGGCAACAUGUACACUGCAUCGAUCUACGCUGCAUUCGCAUCGCUUAUUCACAAUGAGCAUAGCUCACUGGCUGGCCAGCGGGUGGUAAUGUUCUCUUAUGGGAGUGGGUCAGCUGCCACGAUGUUUUCAUUCCGUUUUAGUGAUGGUCAACAUCCUUUUAGCUUGUCAAACAUUUCAAGUGUGAUGAAUGUUGAGGAGAAGUUGAAUUCAAGGCGUGAGUUCCCUCCAGAAAAAUUCGUCGAAACCAUGAAGCUGAUGGAGCACAGGUAUGGUGCCAAGGACUUUGUGACAAGCAAGGACUGUAGCCUUCUAGCUCCUGGCACAUACUAUCUCACUCAAGUCGACUCCAUGUAUCGAAGAUUUUAUGCCAAGAAGGCUGGGAACAGCACCCCUAGCGCCACUUGUGCCAAUGAAUCAUUGGCAAAUGGUCACUGAAUAUAGGCUCAACACAGUGUAAUGGCGUGUUAAGUUGGUUCUAGUGUUCUUUUAGAUGUCAGCACAUUGAAGAAUAAGUGUGCUUUCGUAAGGUUGUUCUAUAUGGUGUAUAAUUCGUUGGACAGUAAUUGUUUCAGUUCUUUUCAUAGUGGAAAUCCUCCUUUCUGUGCUGAUUUUAUUUAAAUGCGA